UUGCAAAGAGCUCAGAAAGAGCAUAAUGUUUUUAAUACUUCAGGUUCCUAUUUGAAAUCUCUGUUCCUUUUGGGAAUCGUGCUUGCACACCCAACAGUGCAUAAGACCCUCGUGGAAGGAUCUCGGGGCACCCCAGGGUGCAGUGGUCCACUGGUUGCAAAUCACCGAUCUAGACUCACGAAAGAUGGCUGAGGUGUUCCCAUAUCCCCUCCCUCCAGAGCACACCACGAGCUUUAGCAGCGGCCUGUUCCUUCCUGGAAACUCAGCAGAGUAUUUGCAUUCAUAGGUUGCUGGAUCUGUUCCAUAUUCAUGGAUGAUACCCGAUAUGGUCACUGCAAAUCCAGCUCUGGGACUCUGUGAACUGAGAGGUGCCUGAUGCCUGUAAUCCCCAUUCCCCGCCGGGUCCGUUCUUUCCACGGCCCCCACACGACAUGCCUGCAUUCGGCCUGUGGCCCGGUAAGGACCACUCACUUGGUGCGCACCAAGUACAACAACUUCGACAUCUAUCUGAAGUCCCGAUGGAUGUAUGGAUUCAUUCGGUUCCUGCUGUAUUUCAGCUGCAGCCUGUUUACCUCCAUCCUCUGGGUGGCACUCUCUAUCUUGUUUUGCCUUCAGUACCUUGGCAUCCGGAUCUUUCUGCGUUUCCAGUACAAACUUUCCAUCAUCCUCCUCUUGUUGGGGCGAAGGCGGGUGGACUUCAGCCUCAUGAAUGAACUGCUCAUCUAUGGAAUUCAUGUGACCAUGCUGCUAGUGGGGGGGCUGGGCUGGUGUUUCAUGGUAUUUGUGGAUAUGUAAAUAAAAUGAGUGCAUGUGGGCCCAGAAGGUGAUUCUUCCUCUACCCCGGAGUGUGUGAAUAUCCUCCUCUUCUCUUUUUUUAAAUAUAAAUUAAUUUAUUUAUCGGCGCUCCUUUUGGAUCAAUGCUGUACCUGUCUGCAGAUUGAUUUUUAUUUGUAGAUGGGCAGGGUGUUGCUUAAUUCCAGGAGCAGAAAACUUUAUUUUGCACAGUGAAUGCUUUGCUAAGUUUCCUUUUCAUAUGCGGGAGCCUGUCCUGCCACCACUUCUGUAGGCAGGAAGAGGGCAGUGAUUGAUUUGGCGGAUAGAAGCCAGCUAAUUCCAUAUCCCACCAGGUCUUAUUCUGGAGUAACUGCCCCGAAAGCAAUCAAGUCACUUUUCAAUUACUUGCAACUGAAACAUCUCUUCUGAAUUACUAGCACCUAUUUUAUACAUAUAGAAGGGGAGAUUGAUCGAUCGAAUCGAUCUAUAUAUAGAUCGAAUUGAUCGAUAGAUAGAUCUAUCUAUAUGGAUGGACAGAUCUAUCUCUAUGGAUGGAUAGAUCUAUCUAUAUUAUUUAUAUAUAUAUAUAUAUAUAGAGAGAGAGAGAGAGAUCUAUAUAUAUAUAUAGAGAGAGAGAGAGAGAGAGAGAGAUCUCCCCCUCUCCUGUGUUGUGUAAGGGACUGCAGUUUGAUUUGUGAUAUCUGACUCUAGGGCAAGGGGUUCCCUAAAUGAUGCUGCCAUCUCAGAUUAGACAGCUGCUUUGUGCAGCUCCCAUCAAAGGGGAGUGGAAGAGGUUGUAGCUGAGCACUUUAGGCCUGGUUUUAGAGCCUUGCUAAUUCCAGAGGGAGCUAAGAUACAGGAGACCUUUGAGCUGCUGUGACUUACAGUGCGUACCUCACCGGGCCAAAUCUGGUGACAAAGACACUUAAGUCAUUUUUGUUCUUUCCCCACAUCCCCUGCCUAUGCUUUCUGAGACUUAUGAUACCGAAUCUGACCCUAAGAGGUGAUAGUGGGGGGAAAACUUUCCAGUCCUGAAGUGUAUUCAUCUCAGCUCAGGUGAGCAACAACAGAAGGAAGGGACAGUCAGGAAUAAUGCAGGAUGCUCCUCGGGUUCCCUCUGCCUGCCGUAUGAGCCGUGGAGGUAUCCCAACCCUGGCUGAGCUGGGCAGGAAAGGACCAAACGUGGCCCCUGUGUUGCAGUGUACUGCAUUACUACUGAAGUCCACCCUGCCCCUCUGCAGCCAGAGCUCCACGUUGCGUUUCAAGUGAGCGUGCUUCCCGCAUCCCAAGACCAGGGGGAAGCUUGCUGAGUUCCAGAAAGGAGGCCAUGUGAAGAGUAAGUCAUGCACAAAAUUAAAUGCCAGUGAAAAUGGCCCCAUAAUCUUUCUCCCUACAAAUGUACCCAAAGGUCUGCUACCAAAUGCCCCAUUUCCUUUCCCUUACCAAGUCCUGAGUUUAGGGUUGUGCAAUCCCAUGAAGAGGGGGUGUGUGUGAUUGCAGCAGACAACCAUGCAGCAGGCUGUAUGGGUUCUGUUCCCAGAUGUGCUGCUGCCAUAGCAUGAGCUUGGACAACUCGCUUCAAUUGACCCUUGUAUUACACAUCUGCAGUAUGGGCAUAAUGCCAUUGGAUGAACGGGGCACUCUUUGGAUGGAAGAGCAAAAUGCAAUGUCGUAGACACCAAACCAGUGCAAGCUCCUGUGCCCCUUACAAUCUGUAGGUGCAAGUGGUUUUUAUCAGCUACGGCUGUGGAUGUGAUGACCCUAGCAUUGUCAUGUUGCCACGUAAGAGGGAGUCAUUUUCAAAUGAUUUUAUUUCAAGAUGUAAUAAUAUGAAUAUUUGAGGUCCGCAAGACCAGAGUACUGUGUGGCACAUAUAUAGCACGUCUCAUCUUCAAAGCAUUUUACAGCCACUAGCUAAUUAAUCCUCACAACAGCCUGGGAGGUUGCUGAAUAAGUAAGAUCUUGGUAGUGAUUGGGAAUUUUAAUCAGUUUUUUCAAUUCAGGGUGCUUAUUAAAAAGCAUUUACAUUCACUUUGAAGGAAAUACUUCUCUCAAGUAGUGGAGAUGUUGAAGGUGACCUAUAAGCCCAAAAAGGCGAAGGUGGGCAGUGAGGGAGAAACCUCUUAACCAAGCCAUAACUAAGAACAGUCCCAAAAGAGAGAGGCUGUGUCAUGCAAAGGCAAGUGCUUUGAAUAAACUCUUUUUCCCUUCAAAGCUUUCCUCGUUGAAAAAGUCGUUUGUUUGGUUUGUUUUUAAUUGGCAGAGCAGACCAAAUAACCAUGUGGGUAGAAGCUGGACUCUCUUUCUACGCCCCUACGAGAUGGAGAAAAGGCCAGGAAAGGUAGUUGCCAGAGAUAUUGUAUUGGAAACCGGUACUCGCAAACUCUGCCUCGCUGGGAAAGUUGAUUUUUUUUCCUUUGGACUUAGCCGUGUUUCUCAAACUCGCCAACCCCUGAAAGGACCAGGUCAGGUUAUAAAACAGUUGCUUCAUUUAAGUCUUGUUGUUAUGUUGCGGAUAACACUUCACAUGAUUAACAUUGAAAGAGUUUGAAAAACAUGAACUGACUUUUCACUAUUGAUGCUGUUUGUUUCCUUUCACGCAAUUGCAUUUGGGACUGGGAACAAGCCAGCUGGUUUCAUUCUGUGUCUAAUCAUUUUCCCUUUAAUGUUUCAAUGCUGCCAUGUUUGAGUUUUCUGGAUUUUCAGAUGAAUGUUUUAAAACUUGCUUCCAGGCAAAAUUAGAAGAGAAUAAUAGACCCAUUUCACUUGCUACGAGUUCUGCAAGAGGUUAUUUUACCCGGCCUACAUUUUGGGUCGUAUCUGAUCUAACGGCGUCCCUUCUAGGAAGCUAAUCCUGCCUUCUUUUUUGGAUCCGCAGCUCCCGCUGGUUUGUUCUGUCUCAAGCUAGUGAAGGUUUCAAGUAUGUGGGGAAUGCAAAGCCAAGCUCUGAAGAUCUGUUGCACGGGCCAAACAGCAGAGGCAAUUAUACAUGUGGUGACAAAGUUGCAUUAGCCCUGCUGGCGAACAAAUGAAUGUACAAAUUAACAUGCCAAGUGUUUGAUUUGCCUCUUGUUGACUUUUUGGAACAUGGAAACAGCUCGGUGUCUUGAGUGCCUGUUAAUAAUUCUUCCUGAAACCUGCCACCUGCAUUAAAGUUAUUUUUGUAAUGUG